AAAAAAAUCGCUGUGUACCCAAAAUUCCAGGUAGACUUACCAGGCGCCUCGACUAAAUAAGCUUUUCACCAGUAACCACAGGCCCGUCAUCGGACGGUCCCACCUUGGUGGAUGUUGCAAGAGCUCUGAUGUGAGAAAACCCGCAAAAAUUGGUGAUAAUUCAAAAGGUUUAGAGGUUAUAUUGAGAUAAGAGAUAAGCAAGCGUUUUAUUAGGGAUAUUACGUACGUACUUUUGCACGUUGUUGGCCCGUGAUAAUUGUUAAUUCUUUUCGUUAUAAUUGAGCAGCUGUGAUAUUGUUUUAACCUGUGAUAUUAGUUUUUAGAUUUUUUACAAAACCUGUUUUUUCAUUGUUAAAUUGUUGUUUGUUACCUUUUUCUUUAAACUUUAAUUUCGAUAAUGUCCAACCAAAGUGCGCGUUCUCUGAAUUUCACGGGGGCGGAAAAGGAGAAGAUACUCGAAAUCGGUAUGGAGUACUACGAUCUUCUCCAUUCCCCCCUGAACAAUAGUGUGACCAUGGCAGAGAAAAACCGAAUCUACCAGCUGAUGGCAGAGGAGGUCAACAAGGUUGGCCUCAACUCCAGAUCAGUGAAACAGAUUAAAAAGAAGUAUCAAGAAUUGAUACAAAACGCCACACGGAAGCAAAGGAUUAUAACAACAGAACGGAAAAGAACAGGGAACAAAAGAAUGCGAGUUAGCUUGGACCACUUGGAUGAGGAAAUAAUUAGAAAAGUUCCUCCAAUGAAAUACAUCGGCAUCUCAGGAGGUGUAGAUUCAUCAGCAGAAGGAACGCACUACUGCAACGUGUGGGAUGAAGUGCAACAAGGAGAUACACCAGAUGAGGAGGUUCAACCUACGGACACACCUGAUGAGGAAGAGGCAUCUGGCGGAGACGGUAAGAUGACCGAUAAGAGACAUUUUCAGAGGAAUGGGUGUCCUUAAAGUGCUCCAACUGUUUGUGAUACAAAUAAACAAAAGCA